AUUUAUUAAAUAAUAAUAUAUAAUCACUUUUUUACGUGAUGCCUCAAGUAACUAGAGUUGAUAUGUUUGAUUAUGACAAAUUCGGAUGUCUCGACGAAAUGUUAAAAAAACAAGUUGACGCUACUCCUGAUGCCACAGCUGUCGUUAACGUCGAUGGUUCAGUAACUACUUUCAAAGAAUUAGAUGAAAUGACUGAUGUUUUAGCAGCAAAAUUAAAGAAUUUCGGUGUUUGCCUCAAUACAAUAGUUGGUAUAAUGAUGGAACGAUGUUUAGAAUACACCAUUAGCUACAUUGCAACUCACAAAGCUGGAGGCGCAUUUGUGCCACUGGAAAUUUCAUAUCCUGAUCUACUGCUGAACUCUGUACUAGAAGAUUCCAAACCCAGACUAAUUAUUACCAAAAAAAAGUUUGAACAGCGAUUCAAAUGUCAGGAACUAAUUUGUUUAGAUAGAGGCUGGUUUGAGGAUUUAAAAAAAACUGUAGUUCUGUCACAACCAAACGAAUCAAAACAAUUGGAUGAUUUAGCAUACAUAGUAUACUCGUCUGGUACUACAGGAAAACCAAAAGGUAUAAUGUGCCCUCAUCGUGGAGCUGUAUAUUCAUUCACAUGGAGACAUAAAGCAUACCCUUAUGAAAGUGCCGACAGAGAAGCUUGCAAUGUAUUUUUUAUAUGGGAGAUGUUAAGACCUCUUUUAAAAGGAGUUCCAAUGUAUAUUAUUCCUGACGAUGUUAUUUAUGACCCACCACGAUUGUUGCAGUUCCUUCAAAAUAAUAAAAUUACAAGGAUGCUUUUUACGCCAUCUCUUCUUCAAACAGUUCUUGAUUACAAAAAUCUUGACACAGCUAAAGGUCUAGAAACAUUAAAACAAAUAUGGUUGUGCGGAGAAGUCAUGACUACAUCCUUAAGGGAUAGAAUGGAACAAAUUGCACCAGGGGUUAAAAUGUUUAACUUUUACAGUGUAUCUGAAUGUCAUGACGUCACGUGUGCCGAUGUUUCGAAACGCAGUGAAAUUGAAAACGGCACAUUUGCCCCCGUGGGUCCACCAUUGCCGGGAGUUCAUAUUUUUAUUAUGGAUAAGGAAUUUCAAAUAAAAAAUAUUGGAAUGACAGGAGAAAUAUACGUUGGAGGGCCAACUCUUGCCAUAGGAUACUUGAACCGACCAGAAUUAAACGGACAGAGAUUCAUAACGCCACCAAAUACAAUACCAUACGAAAUUGGAGAUCGCUUAUACAAAACAGGCGAUUGGGGUUAUCUACGAUUUGAUGGAAGUUUAGAGAUUUGUGGUCGUUGUGAUUCUAUGAUAAAAAUUAGGGGUUAUAGUGUUGAAUUACAGGCUAUCGAAGCGGCUAUUUUAAAUGAGCUUGAGGUGAAUGCAGUUUGUGUUUUAUCAGUUGGGGAAGAGGGUACUGACAAAUAUUUAGUAGCCUACAUAUCACUAAUGGAAAAAUCAACAUUAUCAUCAAUAGAAUUGAAGAAACGAUUAAAACUAAAAAUGCCAUUUUACAUGAUUCCAUCUUUUUAUUUAUUCCUUGAAAGAUUACCAGUUGUGGAAGCUUCAGGAAAAUUAAACAAAUCAGCACUGCCUAGAGUAAAUUUGAACAAAACAAAUGGCAUUUUAAUAGAAAACUGGAAAACUGAAACUGAAAAAACUGUUGCUACUAUAUUUUGUAAAACACUACAAAUGUAUACCAUUGAUGUUCUAGAUAAUUUCUUCGAAAACGGAGGGCAUUCGUUACUGGCUUCAACUGUAAUCGGUGAGAUCAACGACCAGUUUAAAACUGAUUUUAGAGUUCACGAUUUAUUCCUCAAUCCCACCGUUGUAGCAAUGUCAUCUUUACUUGAUAAAAACGUAUCUACAAAUAAAGAAUUAAACUUAGAGGAGGAACUUAAAAAUCAAAUCGAUAACUUAAUUAUUCCAAAUAAAAUGCUUCGCGCGUUUUGGAGAUCUGUGGACAUUAAUCAAAAUAAGUUUUAUAAUGGGAAUGUUUUACUAACUGGAUCAACAGGAUUUUUAGGAGCUUUUAUUCUACAUAAGCUAUUACAAACUACAGCAAACAUUUUCUGUUUGGUAAGAGACUCAGCUAAGUACAGGCCAUUAGAAAAACUCGAACAAACGAUGAGAAAAUAUAAUUUAGAAAUUGGACUUUCGAAUGGGCCGUUUUAUUCUCGAGUAACUGUCAUAAAAAGUGACAUCUCUUUACAUAAAUUUGGAUUAGAUGAUGCCGAUUAUGAUGCUCUGUGUUACGAUAUCGACUAUGUUAUACAUGCUGCAGCACAAGUUAACAUAUCUUACCCAUAUGGAGCAUUAUACAAAGAUAACGUUUUUGGAACUAAAAAUGUUAUCAAAUUUUGUUUAGAUGAAAAAAUAAAACCUUUACACUUUAUAAGUUCGUCAUCUGUUUUUCCUCCUGGCUUUAAAAAUAUACAAGAAAAUGAUGAUAUAAUGAAAUGGGCGUCCUUUUUAAAAGAAGGCUAUGGACAAACAAAAUGGAUUUCGGAAAAAUUGAUUUUGGAUAUUAUUAAAAAAGGAUUUCCAGCUUCAAUAUUCCGAUGUGGAAAUAUAAGUGGAAGUAGAUACGUAAAUAGUUGGAACACGGCAGAUCUAACUUUACUUCUCAUACAAGGCGUUCUGUAUACCAAUACAUAUCCUGAUAUAAAUUGGCAGAUUGAAUUGACACCUGUUGAUUUUGUAUCAAAUACUAUUGUGGAAUUGGCCCAAACAUUAAAUCAAUCAUCAGGGAAAGUCUAUCAUUUGGUCAAUGAUCCUUAUGAUUCAAAAAACUUAUGGCAAACUAUGAAAGAAUUUGGCUAUGAUUUAAAGAAACUACCCUAUGAAGAAUGGUCAAAAACAGUGGUUAACAAAUCAAAACCCGAGUUGGCUAGUCUUACUUAUUUGCUGAAUUCUACACUUAACAAAAAAGCUUACUUAGAAAAUCAGUCUACGGUAAAAAGAAGAAAUUUGGAUGCAUAUUUAUCUUCAGUUAACACGGUUUAUCCAAAGUUAGAUAAUCUGGAAUGUCUGAAAAUACUAAAAACUCUAAAUACGUUAAAACUAAUACCACAACCAGAUAUCAAAGUAAGUGUACCACAGAUACAACAGUUACCUCUGAAAUCAAAAGUAGUACUGAUUACUGGAGCUACUUCAGGAAUUGGUUAUGAAAUAGCUAAAAAGCUUGCAUUAGCUGGAGCUAUAGUAGUUCCUACUGGUCGAAGAAUGGAUAGAUUAAUAAAAUUACAGAAUGAAAUAAUUGCAUUAGGCAUUACCAAUGUUGUGCCAUAUAAAAUGGACGUUACCAACCAAUUAGAUGUUCAAACAGUGACUCAGAAUAUUGAAAAAACGGUUGGUUCAAUUGAUAUCUUAAUCAAUAACGCCGGAGUAAUGUUUUAUACUUCUUUUGAUAAGUUCAAGUUAAAAGAAUGGGAGGAAAUGGUUCAAGUAAACUGUAAUGGAAUGCUCAAUUGCCUAGGGGCAGUACUUCCUAUUAUGACAUUAAGAAAGUCAGGUCAUAUAAUUAAUAUUACAUCAGAUGCUGGUCGAAGAUCUUUUGCAGGCCUAGGGGUGUACUCGGGUACAAAAUUUUUUAUGGAAGGAGUAUCUGGAGCGCUAAGAACUGAAAUGACUGAUUAUAAUGUAAAAGUUACGUGUAUUCAGCCUGGCGAUGUUAAAACUGAAUUAUUAAACAGGACAAGUGAUUUCAAAGUGAAAGAACGCUAUGACAACAGUUCAAAAUAUGAAAUCCUCAAACCCUCAAAUAUUGCAGAAGCUGCUUUAUUCGUAUUAACACAACCCUCAUUUUGCGCUGUUAAUGAAAUUCUUAUUGAACCAACAAUGCUUCCAAUUUAAUAUGUAUUAUUAUCGAAUGAUGUAUUAUAUUUGUUGGUUUGUAUUGUUAUCAUUUACAUGUUGUUUAUAUUGUUUUUAUUGUUACAACAUAACAUUAAAAUUUGUAAAUAAGAGUCAAGGCUAAAGACACUAAUUUUCUCUUGAAAUAAUUGCAAUUUUUUAGUUUUCCUUUUUGAAGACAAUUUAGUUGGGUUAUUUUACAAUAUUGCAAUUUUAUCAUUUUUUAAUUAAUUCCAGAGCUCGCCUAACUUUUAAAAUUAAGAGGUAAUGUAUAUAGUUAAUUACUUAUUAAAUUAAGAAUAAUUUGGCUGAAAAGUUAUUAGAGUUUAGAAUAAGAACGAGAGGGAGAGGACGGUAGAGUAAUGCGCACAGAUAAAAAUAAUACUACACUCCACUCUUCCUCCCAUUAUAUUUUUUAAACUUAGGAACUUAAAACUGGUUAUUGACCAGUCUAAUUGUUUUUGAUUUAUAAGGUUGAUAUAAUAAGUAUAUUAUGUUACCAUUUAAGUUUUAAAAGUUGAUAGAGCUCUGGAAAAUACUAAAAAAGGAAAUUUUUAGUAAAUUUAUAAUAAACUUAAUUUUUUUGUGAUACAAACAGACAUCUACUGUGCAGUUAAUAAUAUUU